GUCUAAAUCACAGAGAUAAAAAUUGAAGAAUUUGGCACUUGGAUCUAAUUUAUACUCGGCUUACGUAAUACUAACUUAAGCUACCUGAAUUUUAAUACUAAAAAAAUAUUUGCGUGCAGAUUUCCAAGUGUUUUGCUCAGGAUUAAAUUGGAAGCAAAAAUAAAAAUUAAGUCAAAAAUGGAAAAUUUGGUCGGCAAACUGGACAACCAAGAAGCCGAUGCAGUGAAUGCAGCCGGAAACAACAAAGAAUGGGGAGACUUGCCGGAAAAAUUGGGGGGACACGUGAAUGGGGAGGGUGAGGAGAGUGUGACUGCUCCAGUGAUGGAUCUGGAACCCCUUCCGGAGGAUCUGCAGGCACUGACUGUUCUGGAAAAAGUGGGAUACGUCAGAGUUGAGCUGCCACUCAGAGCCAGAGAGCCCAAAUUUGGUUUUCUGGAGGAGAAUGUGUACCAGGUGGUGGACAUGGACAGGAAUGUGUUACUCAUGGCCAAGGAGGAAGACAGUGUGAUUAAGAAGUUGUGUGCCGGACCCACCAGGGACAUACAUCUAAAGUUCACAGACCAACACAGCAACCCAGUGUUUGAGAUGUUGAAGAGAGGGAGGUGUGAUGGACUGGUGUGUGGACUGUGUCUGCACCAGGUCAUCGCAGAGGCCAAGACUGGCAGUUCAGUCGCACAAGUGAAGCAGAAGUUCCAGAUCCAGCAUGACCAGUACCUGGUGUAUGACUCAGUGGACCCCGAGUUGAGUGGAGGGGAUGAGCCAGCAGCAGCGGAAGGCGGGGAGAGCAAGGAGAGGGAGCCAUUCGCCAUACUCACUGCAAACAAGUGUCUCAUGCAUAGGUGCAACACUGAGAACAAGAUCACGAUUGAGUCGUUCUCGUCAGGGGAGGAGCUGGGAGUGGUGAGUAAGAUCUGGGGUCCGAGACUGCAGAUGGUGAACAUGGACCACGAGAUGUUCUACAUUGAGAUGGACAUCGACCUCUCUGUGAAGCAGAAGGCCGCUCUCAUCGUGGCCGGAUUCCUCAUGCACUACGCUUACAUGGAGAUAUCAUAAGAACAUAUCAUAACUCAAUUAGAACUGCUAACUUCGGCUCUUUUUCAUCCCCAACGCUCAUAAAAUGAAAAAAUUAUUGUUCCGACUUUCGAAGAAAAACGAAAUUUUUAUGCUCGGUGUGGGUUUUUUUA